GAUCUUCUACCCCCAGUCUCAGUCUUAAAUUUAAACAUUUUAAAACUAAAAAAAAACUAGGUAAAAGAAAAAAAUUUAAACCUGAAAGCGAAAAUAAAAUAAAAUAGGAGAAACAAAAGAAACACAACUUUCCUCUCUUCUUCGCGUCAAAACGUUGUCGUUUCGGUCACCCUCUAUUCCUAAUCUGCUUCCCCCCGCAUGACUGUUCUUAGGGUUUCUCCGUUCUCCCUCCACCGCACAACCCUCCCAGCUCCGCCGCGUUCUCCUCUCUCCCUCCCACCUCCCCAGCUCUAACCAAAUCCGUCUCCCAUCCAAUUUAGCUUCUCCUUCCCCCCAAAAUCUCUCCAAUUUUUGGCGAUAAUCUCCACCAGAUGAGUACUGUAUUCAGUGAAGAGAUCCUAAUCGAUAAGCUCGCGAAGCUCAACAGCACUCAACAGUCCAUCGAAACUCUGUCGCAUUGGUGUAUAUUCAAUCGAGUCAAGGCUGAAUUGAUAGUGACGACAUGGGAGAAGCAGUUUCACAGUACGGAGAUGGCGCAGAAAGUGCCUCUUUUGUAUUUGGCUAAUGAUAUUCUUCAGAACAGUAAGCGUGAGGGUAAUGAGUUUGUGAAGGAGUUUUGGAAUGUGCUUCCUAAGGCUGUUAAAGAUAUUGUUUCUCAGGGAGAUGAUCAUGGCAAAGGCGUUGUCUCGCGUUUGGUCAAGAUAUGGGAAGAAAGAAAAGUGUUUGGGUCCCGUUCGAAGAAUCUUAGAGACGUGAUGCUUGGAGAAGAUUGCCCUCUUCCACUUGAUGUCAGCAAGAAACGUCCCCGUGGAUCCAAAUCCUCAAAACGUGAAUCAAAGUCGUCCAGAACGAAAGUAUCAAGUGGAGGUGUGGCGGAGAAGAUAGCAUCAGCAUAUCAUUUGGUUGUUGCUGAAAACUCAAAUGAAGAAGCUGAGAUGAGUAAAUGCAAGUCUGCAGUUAAACGUAUCAGGAAGAUGGAGAAAGAUGUUGAAGAAGCCUGCUCUACUGUGAAAGACAACCCGAAGAGAAAAUCACUGGCGAAAGAAUUGGAGGAGGAAGAAUACCUUUUGAGACAAUGUAUUGAGAAGCUUAAAUCUGUUCAAGGAAGUAGAACUUCUCUUGUAAACCAGCUUAAAGACGCUCUUCGCGAACAGGAAUCUGAACUGGAGAAUCUUGAAGCUCAGAUUCAGGUUGCACAAGAACAAACAGAGGAAGCUCAAAAAAUGCAGAAACGGCUCAACGAUGAGGACUAUGUAUCAAACCCAACAACCGUUGCUGCUCCGGGCUCAGUCUCUGCUACCACGAUAACCGAGACAACUGAAAACAACGGCGCCAAGUCUGGUCAAGCAUCAAAAAUGACGCCUGCUUCUAUAGCUGCGAUGCUCACAGCAUCCACCUCAUCACACAUGAUAAUGCAAUCUGUUCUAUCUUCAUUCGCAGCUGAAGCAACAAAGACUUCUGGUCUAUCCAAAUCAGAGAGCACAGUUCCGGUUUCAGACACCAAUGCUUUUGUCCCUCCUUACAACAACCCCCAGAACCAGACACCCGCAACACAAAGUCAGUACCAUUUGAUCUCUAAUCCAGCACCACCACCACCACCACAGUUUCUAAAACAGCCGGUAAUGAACAAUCCUUAUGGCUUUGGUAACAUCCCGUUAAUGCCACCUGGACUUCCGCCUCCUCCACCACCACCACAUAUGAUAAGUAAUCAACAGCCUCAGAUUCCUCAGUCAAACUCAUCUCAACAACAACAACAAACUCAACAAGGUUCAACUUUCCAGCCACCGGGGAUAAUGUAUUAUGGAGCUCCACACCAUUCUUAAAAGUUAGAAGUGAUGUUAGUCGAUAUAGCUUUUAGAUAGCUGUGACCCUUAUCUAUCUGCGGAUAUGUUGGUUUUGAUUAUACAUUGUUGGGUCGAGUUAAUGCGGAAAAAAUAUUCCUCGUGUUGUAGAAACGUUCACCUUUCCCCUUAUAAAUAUUUGUACCACAGGC